GAGAGAGAGAGAGGCGAAAAGAGAGAAGGAGAGGAUGGGUGACAUCUCGAUUAGUAGCCCGCGCAAAAACACUCUACCCGCGGUCUAAUCUCAAGAGCAACGAGAACGGAUCACCGACAGAUCGAUUUACCGCAACGGUAUCCACCCCCGAAAGCAGCGAUCGUGUAUCGCUUGUUAAAAAAAAAACAAACAUUGAAAUAGCGCUGGCUUCGAGGCGGAAGAUAAGUUGAUUGUGGAGCUGCCGAGAGGAGCUAUUAAGUAUCGAGUCUAUUAAGGGAUACCAUCCAUUAAAGACCAUAAAGAGGAGAGGAUGUAAGAUUGUGCGGAGAUUCCGGAGGAUGCUGAGCACCGAGACCUAUUAAAUACCGUGAGGAGGGAACGCGUAAGAUUGCGAAGAUGUUCAAAGAUAGGAUCUAAAUUAAGAACCGGCGCAAUUCAGGAGGAGAACGUAAAGAGUUGCUAAAGGUAAAAUCCUUUAACGAUCCCGCAAAAUAUCGCACGAUAUAAUAAUCGCGUUGACAGAAGCGGACGGAGUUGCAAGUAUGAUUGUUACGAGAAACUAAUAACCGAGGUGUAACGUUUCAAGUCACUCGCGCGUGAUCCCGGGAAGUAUAAUUCGAGCGUACACGCUGUCGGAAAGAGAGAUGGGCGGCGGUCGCUUUGCGGAGACGCUGGAAUUAAUUUGCGGGGAAGAGGCGCCAGCGCUAAAAUUGAUUCUCAAGAAACAUAUAAUUGCUCACUAAUGUAUCAGACAUGUCACGUUAUCGCGAGCAGCUGUUACAAGCUGGUGGUUACAUGCGAACGAUAAUCACGUCGCGGAGAUGCUGGGAUUGAGAUCGAUUAGGCUCGAGCAAACGUGUCACCGCGGGCGGAUGUAACAGGCGGACGGUUCGUUGCGAACGGGAAGAUGAGCGGCUGAAGAUGAGUGCGUCAGGCUAUUGGUGCGCGCUCAUCCUGCUCACGUUCACGCAAGAUUCCCUCGCCAGCCGUCACGAGAAGCUCUUCCAGGUCGAGAAGCCGAAGGAGUACCUGCGGCAUCAGCAGAACCAUCGCUCGACGGCUUUCGCCGACCGCAAGCUCGAUCCGACGGAAUUUCGUGCCGCUGAGGUUCGCCCGACGAUUAUUCAUCCGAGCGCGGAAAUCGCUCGCUCGGAGGCGGCGACGGCGACGGCGACGGCGACGGCGACGGCGACGGCAACGGAAAAUCGUCCGAUAAUCGCGCGGGAUCAUCCCGGAAUCAACCUCUUCCGGUCGACGGAGAUCCAUUCCGCGAGAUACGAAAGUCGUUCGCGCGCGAACAAUCGUCCCGAGGAAAUACGCUCGACUCCGGAGAAUCUCGCCGGAAUCGCGAAAAUGCGCCCGAUGGAGAAUCGUCGCGCCGUGGCGAUACGCUCGGCAGAAAUUUUCCCGACGUCGGCACGUUAUUCUACGGAAGUCGUCCACGGCUCCGAGAAAGUUCGCGUCUCCUCGGCUGAACUUCGCACGGAAGUUGCGGAUGAGCGGACUGUGAGAAUCCGUUCCGCGGAAAUGCGUUCGCAGGCGGAAGAUCAUCAUCCCGCGGAGGAAGUCUCGCCGAUGACGGGGACCCGGCCGAUGGAAAUUCUAUGGACGGAGAUCGAACAGGCGGAUACGUCGAGCAUCGAGAGAUCGCAGAUCCGUCACGGGAGAUCCAGGAGCCAUUUUGCGCGACAGAAGAUAGAGGAUUCCGCGAGGGACGGCUCGAAGGAUGCGGCAAAUAGGAUCAAGACCGUUCGCGAGGAUCAUGAGAAUCACUUCAAGAUACGCCAAGUGGAAAAAGUGAAUGAUUUUCCGGAAGAAUCCGUUUCACCGAGGCGUAAUCAUUCUUGGCUCCUCGAGCGGAAUUUCUCAAAGGAUAACUCGAUCAACAGCCAGCCCCUCGAUCGAAUUGAGAAUAAUGUUUCAGAGGGAUUGGAGAGUUUACUCAAGUUGUAUCAGGAUAAGAAAGGAAGCGUCAUCGAGGAAAGUACCGCCGUUUCUCUCACACGUAAUCUUUCUUGGCUGAUUGGACAGAAUAAUUCCAAAGGUAAUACACCGGGGAACAGCCGAUCCGCGGAUCAGAUCAAGAGCGAGGCAGACCUUCAGGAUGCGUUUAAAGCGCAUCAACCCGAGAACCACGGUAUUCUGCGCUCGAGUCCCGAUUCCCUCAAGAGUUCCUACAAGGAGGAUCCUCUGAGCAAAUUGAGGAGGGUAAUGUCUCUGAAUAGGACCGCCGUGCCGGCAGCUGCGACCGAACGGAACACAACCGAGACGUUCAGCAUCGACGCGGCCGAGGACGCCAGCGAAUCCGCCCGCGAUCUCGAGGAGGAGGCCUCGGGGCUGGAUUACACGAGUUAUGAGGAACCGUCGAACGUCUCGUCGUCCGAUCAGUCGUCGGCUCGCAAGAGACCGCAGGCCGCCCAGGUCGACAUCGUCACGCGUUUCCUGCGGAUAAUCGAGAAUCAGCACACUCUGGGCGAGAACUGCACCGCGGGCACGGAUCUGAAUCUUGGCGAGGGCGUGGUGGACCAGUACGCGCAGGAGAGAUUCCGACUGGAGGCGGAAUUCGCCGUGAAUCGCGCCAACAUGCUCACCCGACUCUGGAAGUACGCGCCGGAAGUGAUGCUGUCGUCCGAGUAUCUGUUGCACGCGAGCGUUCUCUCAAUGGUCGAGUUUGACGAGGAUAUCUUCGCCGCCGGCAACUGUUACGACAAGUUGCAGUAUCGUGGCCGAUGGUUGUACUGUCCGUUCGCUCAUCGGCUACCCAACCAGGACGGCGUUCUCGUGAAAGACCUUGCGAUCCAGUACAAGUACUUGAGCAACAGCAGCGAGUGGUUCUACAUCGCCCGGAAGAACGCCGAGAGGGUGAUCGCCAGUUACGAGCAAUUCAGCCGAGGAUUCCACAUUUAUACCUUCAACGAAAGCGUGCGCGCGGAUAGGGAGGAGGACGAAAUCUUGACAGUGAAAUACGAGGAUGGCAGAUGGUCGAAACCGUAUUACGACUGCGGGGGCGGCAAUAUCUGGAUGCUGACCUACACGGUACCCUUCUUCGGAUACGUCAACGAUACCUACUUCUUCAAGGGCACCAGCGGUAUCGACAUAGACCUCCGCCGGGUAGACAUAGAUCAGUGCCCGUUGCCGGCUGGAUCCACGCAGCUGAACAUAUUCGCCGCCAGUGACAAGUGCAAAAAGCGCACCACCGAGUGCAUCGCCAUUCCCGGGCUUGGCUUCCGCCGCGGUAGUUAUCGAUGCGUUUGCAAACGAGGCUUCUACUACCCGGACACGAAAUCGGACAAGAGGUACUACAAUGGUACGGUCAUUGAGGAAGAGUACGAGAGAUUGAUGAUGGUGGUACGGGCGGCCAGCCCGGUAUUGUUGCGCGUGAUUGUCCUGGGUGCCUUCUUCAUAUACUGCACGACCAUAGUUAUGUACCCCAGGCCAAACAUCAUCACAUGCACCGUGCGCGUAUGGCUACGAGAAAUUGGCUUUUCUCUCACAUACGGGGCACUCAUGCUCAAAACCUGGCGGAUAUCCGUCAUCUUCCGCGUGAAAUCGGCGAAGGCGGUGAAAAUAACGGACGCGAGCCUGCUGAAGCGGCUCGGCAUCAUCGUCCUGACGUUCAGCGUGUUCCUGAGCAUAAGGACCCUGGUCGCGCCGCCCGUCGUGAUCGUCGCGCGGACCGCCGACGAUCUCAAAGCGUAUCUCUGCCGGACUGAUUGGUGGGACCACAGCUUCACUACUCUCGAGGUGAUGUUCCUCGUGUGGGGCAUCCGGUUGUGCAUCGUAGUAAGAAAGACUCCAUCGGAGUUUAAUGAGAGUCGAUUCAUUUCAAUGGCGAUUUACAACGAAUUUCUACUAUCAGUCUUCCUCAACGUUUCAAUGUUGUUCCUGCAAUCGCCGGCCAAUCCGGAUUUAUUGUACAUCAUAUUUUUCUGCCAUACCCAGCUUACCGUCACAUUGCUGCUCUGCCUGAUAUUCGGCAGUAAAGCUUACGUGGUGUUCCGCGACGGGGGGAAGGAGGAGACGAUCGGCAAACUUUGCGGUGCGACCGGCAAGUUCCUGGGGAAAAGUAGUCGUCCGCAGGGCACCAGCAACCAGACCAACUCGAUAUCGUUUCAACAGGGUAAUUUCGCCGAAGAAAGCGACUCUGUCACGGAGGAAUUCCGCCGCUUGCUCAACCAGUUAGAAGUACUGAAAGAGAAAAACAUAUUAUUAGGAAAUCAGGAGUUAUCCAGCAAGCUCGCAGCCAUGCUGGACGCUUCAAAUCGAGUCGAGGCUCAAGUGUCCAUUCAGGCCAUUUCAACUAGCAUCGUUCAGUUGAACGAUCUCAAUAAGUCGACGAAGGAAACUAAUCUUGGACAAGCUUGCCAGGAGCAGACCCGCGCAGGAAACAGCUCUCAGGGCGAAAAUCGAUGUCGUGCGUGUAUUGAGAAAAAUGGGCUCGGCGGAAAGGAUAUACGGGAUCCAUCGAAGGAUAAUGAAACGACGGAGUCGAGGAAAAUCGGCAAAGACAAGGCCGUGUCAACAUCCUCGAAACACGCCGUCGAGGACAUCAGCAGGGAAGUAUGUCACGGGAAGGAUGGCAAGGAAGCAGAUUUGAAGGACAAAUCCAGGAGUAAAUCCGGUCACGCUAGGACACACGCCAUAGUCAUCAACCUCGACGACAAGAGCAGGUUUUCCGAGGAAGUUACCGUGUAACGUUAUCUUUUAAGCGAAAAUUAAAACUGGACUAAAACGGUUUUCCGGCUUUUCUGUAAUUGACGAUUUCAUUGCAUUGUGAAAUAUUUAUUUACCGUCUUCGUCUUCGAGGAUUAGGACUAUCAAUCACAGAUUUGCGCGAAACUCGACGUUUCCCCCAAUAGUUAAUACGGAAUUCUAUCAGAUAAAAUUCAUGAAGAAAUCUUGUCCAUUAUUGAUAAUAUUGAUUCUGAUGCAAAAAAAA